AAAAUAGGCCAUAGAGAUGAAUAGAUGAUGCAUAUGGUAGGAAUGGGUAGAAUAAUGAUAUAUGAUUGUUUGGUGGUUACAAUUGUUCGUUGCUUAUUCAUCUGGCAUGCCUUGUUCGUAUCUGGUGUUAGUGCUAAAAAUACACUUGCACCUGGAGAAUACUUGCUUCCGAGUGAUGACGAUUACUUGGAGUCAUCAAAUAAACUCUUCAAGUUAAAAUUUACGAAGCUACCUGGCUCUGGCUCUAGCUCUGGUCUUAGCUGUUUUUUGAGUAUAGAGUGGACCGGUUAUCUAAUCACAUCCACUUCUGAACCAAGAGCAAUUUGGGUUGCUUGGCUAGGUGAAAGGGAAACUUAUGAUAUUCCAGAAUUAAUAAUGGAAAGAGAAGGCCGGUUGUUGAUAUUUGCUGAUCGUGACUUCGUUGUAAACAAUGAUCAACAUCCAUUUGUUAUGAACACAACGGCAACUCUACUUGACACCGGCAACUUAGUUUUGCGGGGUGGGGGUCGUACGUUGUGGCAAAGUUUCGAUCAUCCCCCUGGUAAUACUUGGAUUCCAGGGAUGAAAUUGGGUUGGUUUGGGCUACAAAAAACUCCUCAACAGCGUUGUCUGACUUCAUGGACAAGUGAGGAGAACCCUUCUCCGGGUGCUUUUAGCUUGUGUGUUGAUCCAAACAAUACCAAGCAGCUAGUUGCCAUGCAAAGAGGGGUUGUUUAUUGGCACAGUGGGGUCUGGAAUGGAUACAAUUUUCCAUUUCUUCAAGUCUAUUCCCAUUUCAGGUAUUUCUCUAACCACAAUGAAACCUAUUUUGCUUGGGAUGGGAAUUCUGAUACGGGUCCAACCUUUAUCAGAAUUUAUGCAACUGGGAGAAUUUAUGCAAUGUUUGGAGACCAUAUGCAUAGAAACUACACAAGCAUUAAUUGUGAUAGCUAGUAAUGAUACAUAUUAUUCAAACGAGGGGUGCCUAAGAUCACCCAAACAAUCCAAUUGUAGUGCUGAAGACAGGUUCAAUUUAACAACUGGUUUCAUCGAAUCGAAUUUAUGCAUGGGAACAAAUGCUAUU